AGAGGGAGUUUCCUUUAUCUUUAGGGAAUACAAUAAAUAGGAAAUGAUUAUGCUGGUAACUUAGCUGCUGCUCUUUCCAUCUUCGACUAAAGGGAUCUGAAGUCAAACAAAAGCCAACAUGUCCGACAAAAAGAUGUCCUCGAGUCGUAAACAUUAUCUGAAGAGUUUGAUGCUGUCCAUCGCUAAAGGUUUAUUGGAGGAGGAAGAAAGCAUCCGAGAGGAGGAAAGGGAGCGGUACAUGGCUGAAGCCUGCCCUGCCCUGUCCAUACCCAGAUCCCUUCAGGAGAUGCAGGAGCUCUACAGGGAGUUGCACCAUAAAUGCGAUGUCAUCGAUGAGGAAAGAUAUGACUUGGAAAUGAAAGUCAACAAAGCCAACAAGGAGAUAGAGGACUUGAAAAUCAAGGUUCAGGAUGUGAUGGGCAAGUUCAAGAAGCCUGUUCUGAAGAAAGUGCGCAUGUCUGCUGACGCCAUGCUUAAAGCUCUUCUGGGCUCCAAGCACACAGUCAAUCUGGACCUGAGGGCCAACCUGAAACAGGUCAAGAAGGAGGUCAAAGAGGAGGAAAAGGAACUUCGUGACGUUGGUGACUGGCGAAAAAAUAUUGAGGACAAAUCUGGAAUGGAUGGGAGAAAGAAGAUGUUUGAAGCUGAGGCUUAAAGUAACUAAUUCAGUAUUUUUGAACUCUUCCACGAACUUAAAUGGUUCCUUUGUCUUUGAAAGUGCACAAGUUCAGGUUUUGAUAUACCCAACAAAGCUGUACAAUCUGAAUAAAUAAACAAAAACAACUGAA